UCUCGCAACUUCCAAGUUCCAGCCCACGUAUGCGCGGCGGGCCUUUCCGUGCUUCGACGAGCCCAACUUCAAGUCGAGGUUCAACGUCACCAUUGUACACGACAGUGAUCACAUGGCACUGUCCAACAUGCCGGUCCUCAGUGGUUACCCUAUUACUCGUGAAGACGGAAAAAUGGUGACAAAGUUCGAGGAGUCCGUACCAAUGGUGACUUACUUGGUAUGCUUCAUCGUGUGCGAUUUCGAUCGGGUGCAGACUACGGCGUCCAUGGACCAGAUACCGUUCUCCGUAUACGCUGCUCCCAACCAGCUCAACAAAACGUACUACGCUCUCGACAUCGGUUCGAGGAUACUGAGUUUCUACGAGAAAUACUUCGGCCUGAAGUACCCUCUGCCUAAACAAGACAUGAUCGCUAUUCCGGACUUCGUGUCGGGGGCGAUGGAGCACUGGGGCCUCAUCACCUUCCGAGAAGUGAACCUCCUUUACGACUCGAAGAAGUCCAGCCCACGGAAUAAACAGCGAGUGGCAGCUGUCAUAGCUCACGAGCUCGCGCAUCAGUGGUUUGGAAACCUCGUGACCAUGAAGUGGUGGGACGACUUGUGGCUGAACGAAGGCUUCGCAAGUUACAUCGAGUACAAGGGCAUCGACCACGUCGAACCAGAAUGGGACAUGAUGAACCAGUUUUUGACGGAGGACUUGCAGCCCGUAAUGGACUUGGACUCGACCACCACUUCGCACCCGGUGGUUCAGAGCGUCAGCCACCCGGACGAGAUCACAGAGAUCUUCGACACCAUUUCCUACAACAAGGGUGCAUCCGUGCUCAGAAUGCUCGAGAACUUCCUUGGACCUUCGGUCUUUCAAAGGGGAGUAUCGUCCUUCUUGGAGAACCACCAGUUCGGAAACGCCAAAACUGAAGAUCUGUGGGCAGAACUUUCUGAAGCGGCUGGUAAUACGCUUCCGGCGGGCUACAACGUGUCAGUCAUCAUGGACACGUGGACGCGCCAGAUGGGCUACCCGGUGGUGACCAUCAGUCGCAGCGCCGACGACCCGACGCUCAUACGAGUGGUCCAGGAACGCUUCCUGCGCAACAAGCAGCACCAGCGGAACGAGUCCGACGUCUCUCCCUACGGGUACAAAUGGAGCAUACCUCUCAGCUACAAGACUUCGGCAGCAAAAAAUAAAGUCAAGCAAAUCUGGCUUCACGACGAACAAGAUGAAUUCCACAUUUACGACGCCGGACAGCACGGCUGGGUUAAAUUUAACGUCAAUCAGACAGGUUACUAUCUUGUCAAUUACGACCCAACCGAUUGGCAGCGACUCGGAGAGGUUCUUCAAAAGCACCACGAGGAAUUGACGCCUGCUGACAGGUCAAACCUGCUGUAUGACGCCUUCCAACUAGCUUGGUCCAACCGCCUAUCGUAUGAUGUUCUUUUUAAUAUGACUCAGUACUUAAUCCAUGAGAUGCACCUCAUACCAUGGUCAACAGCGCAUGGAUCUCUACUUGCGCUGACGCAUCUCCUCGAAAACACCGAGGUCCGGCGACCCAUGCAGACAUAUAUCCGCAAAUUGGUAGACCCCAUUUACAAGACACUUGGAUGGGAAGAUGGUGAUAAGCACAUGAACAAUAUGCUGAGAAGAGUCAUACUGGACCUGGCAUGCCGAAAUCUACAUCAAGAGUGUCUCAAAGAAGCAAAGCGGCGCCUCUCAGCUUGGGUAGAUGGUGGGCAGGAAGUUCCAAGAAAUAUUAGAGGCAUUGUUUACCGCUACGGAAUUUACCAGAGCAGUGGAGACCACGAAUGGCAGUUCAUGUGGGAAAAAUACCUAAAGGAAGUCUCAGCCCAAGAAAGGAUCAACCUGCUUUAUGGCCUUGCCCAUGUGAGGAGUCCACCACUGAUCCACAGAUAUCUGGCAUAUGCAAUGAAUGAGAGCUACGUGCGUAGGCAAGAUUUUUUCAGUGUGCUUUCCUUCCUGGCUGGAAAUCCAGUUGGCCGUGAUAUUGUUUGGAAAUUUGUGCGAUACAAGUGGGACAGGCUUGUCCACAGGUUCUCACUAAAUGACCGCAACUUUGGAAAUGUUGUGAAAACAAUAUGUGAUUAUUUCACAAAACAGUUUGAUUACAAUGAGAUGCAGGCUUUCUUCCAUAAGAACCCAAAUGCUGGUGCAGGCAGGAGAGCCCGUGAGCAAGCUCUGGAGAAUGUUCGCAACAACAUAGCAUGGAUCAAACAUCAUGAACCCAGCGUGGCACGAUGGUUGACCACCAACGUCAUUCCAGAGCCCUGGGAAAACAUGCGUUUGCCUCGCCAUGUGAUUCCUGCAAGUUAUGACAUCACACUCGAGCCCAUUCCUUCAGAAAAUGUUACAGUGGGUUCCAGCACUACUAGGAUAACAGUGGUGAAGGCUACCAGUGUCCUUCUAGUGCAUGCAAAGAAUGUCAACAUUACUCGAACAGUUGUCAUGCGUCACAAGCGUGACACGUUUGAAGAGGUCUCCCUGCGUAACGAGCCUUUCUUGUACGUAGAAAAUGACUACUGGGUCAUACAGACCAGGGACAUUCUCCCUCCCGGAGGCUAUGUGCUCAAAUUUGAGUUUAGUGCUUCCAUGCUCAACUACCUGAGUGGCAUCUACAAGACAAGCUACUGGGAUGAGGCAUCCCAAAGCAACAAGUUUAUGAUCACUUCACAAUUUCAGCCCACGUUUGCACGCAUGGCAUUUCCUUGCUUUGAUGAACCGGGAUUCAAAGCAAAUUUUACGAUAACUGUCAUUCACAAUGCUACAAUGAAGGCUAUAUCUAAUAUGCCUGUUGACAAGAUUCGCAUCCUAGAUGACACCAGAGUCGCAACAAGAUUCCAGGAAUCUCACAAGAUGACAACUUACCUUGUGGCUAUUGCUGUCUGCGACUUUGACUACAUAUCAGGGAACACAUCAAGUGGUACACCGGUGCGAAUUUUUGCCCGGCAGGAUAUGCUCCCUCACGCAAAUUAUGCGCUUUCAGCCACCAUUCAAGUCCUGGAACUCUUUGAAAAUCAGUUUGCCAUAAGGUUUCCCCUUCCAAAGCUAGACAGCAUUGCCAUUCCGGACCCCCAAGCAGCUGCUAUGGAAAACUGGGGCCUGAUCAUGUACAGCGAAUGCAUGAUGCUCUACAACCAAAAUAUGACAUCAGUCUCUGAUCACUACAGCACAGUAGAAGUUAUAUCUCAUGAACUGGCACAUAUGUGGUUUGGAAACCUUGUUACAAUGAAAUGGUGGGAUGACUUAUGGUUGAAUGAAGGAUUCGCCACCUAUAGCUCACACAAAGGAAUUGAACUUGUUGAGCCUACAUGGGAUGCAGAAACGCAGUUUCUGUUGAAGCUAAUAUCAGGGGUCCUUGAAAAAGAUGCAGUCUUAAGUUCCCAUCCGAUUGUUAUGCCAGUCACCCAGCCAAGUGACAUCACUGAGAUAUUUGACGUUAUAUCCUACAGCAAGGGGUCAGCUGUUAUCAGAAUGCUGGAAUCCUUUAUGGGAACAGGAGACUUCAUACGAGGACUUCAGAAUUACUUAAAAGGCCGGAAGCGCAGCAGUGCUGUAACACUGGAUCUGUGGAAAGCACUGGAAAGUGUCUCAUCAAAACAUCAACACAUAACUACAAUCAUGAACACUUGGACAAGACAGAUGGGCUACCCAUGCGUGUCAGUUAGACGACUGCAUAGCAACUCUAGCCAAUAUGAAUUUGUCCAGCAGAGGUUUCUCUUGAACCCUGAUGAUGCAGCAAAUCUCACCAAUGAUUCACCAUUCAGGUAUACUUGGGAAAUCCCUUUGAGCUAUAAGACUUCUGAAGGAAAUGAAGGACUUCACUGGCUGAAGACUAAGAAACCAGAAAUCAUUAGUCUACCCAUCAGUAAAGACAGCUCAUGGGUAAAGUUUAACAGUGAAUUCAAGGGAUACUAUCUUGUGAAAUAUGAUGACAGUGAACUAAAAACGUUCUCUCGACUUCUACUGGAGAAUCAAACACAAUUGUCUGCUUCUGACCGUGCGGAGCUGCUUCUGGAAACAUUUUUACUAGCACGAGCUGGCAUGACACCUUAUUCAUCUGCAAUGGAGCUCACCAAGUACCUCCGACGUGAGCGACAUUUCAUACCUCUUAUGGUGGCAUCAAGGGUCUUCCAGCACAUUGCAAUGUGUCUCAGGGGGCAUCCAGAAAAGGUCCUUUUUCUGGAAUAUGUGAGAUACAUAAUGGAAGAAGCUUUCGAAGAACUCAUGUGGAGGGACAGAGGUGAUCACUUGACAAAACGAGCACGUGAAGUGGUUCUACACUUAUCUUGCUUCAGUGGGGAAAAGGUUUGCCUGAGACAUGCUGGAGAGCUGUUGGAUGCCUGGUUUGCAGGUGCUACGAUCCCACCAAACCUUCGGGAGCUCGUGUAUAUCUGGGGAAUGACUGCAAGUGAAAAUGAAACAAUAUGGGAGGCCAUGUACUUAAGAUAUCAAAAUGAGGCACUGCCAGCAGAACGGAAAAGCCUCAUAAAAGGACUGGCAAGCAUUGAUAACAAAACUGUCAUAGAAAGGCUUCUAACAUUGUCCCUUGAUGACUCUGUCAUCAAGAGAGCAGACUUUACUGUCCUCAUCGAACACCUUGCAACCAGAGACAUUGGCCUCCCCUUAGCUUGGGAUUUUAUAAGGAACAAUUGGGAGCUUCUUGCAUCAAGGUACUCCUCUGAUGAAAGACAGCUGGGAGCAGUGGUGUUUUCUGUUUGCAAACACUUCACAACACAAGAACAACUUCAAAAGGUUGAGCAGUUUUUCGAAGAAUAUCCUGAAGGGGGCAAAGGAAAGCGAACUAGCCUCCAGGUGCUUGAGACAGUGAGAGCAAAUAUUCGCUGGCGGAACUUCUUUGCGACAGCAGUGCUGACCUGGGUGAAGAACUACCAAUAUGUGCCUUGGGAAAACCUGCGACUCCCAGCUCAUGUCAUGCCUGUGCACUAUGACCUUCAGAUCCAGCCCUUCUUGGACUUGCAGACAUUUCAGGGCCAAGUGGAUAUUCAAGUGGAGCUUCUCAAACCUGUCAGGAGUGUUCACGUACAUGCCAGGAAUCUCAGCAUCACAUCUGCUUUCAUGACAGAUGAGUCAACAAAGAUGAUGGUUCCCCUAUCCGGCACGUUUGUUCAUGAACCAAAUGAAUUUUACGUGAUGCAGUUGGGAAAUAUUGCUGAUGUUGGAAUUUACAGCUUGCAUUACGAGUUCAAAGGUGUUUUGUCCAGAGACCUGCGGGGAUUCUACCUUAGCAGUUACCCUGUUGGAACGAAUGAAACAAGGUACCUUGCAACCACACAGUUUGAACCCACAGAUGCUAGGAAGGCAUUUCCUUGCUUUGAUGAACCGAGAUUUAAAGCAACAUUCAGCAUCAAGAUAAUCCAUGAUCCUGAGUACAUCGCUCUCUCCAAUAUGCCAGUCAUGGGCAAAGAGAUAACAACAACAGGCCUACAAGUCACGCAGUUUCAGAAGACCGUAAAAAUGACAACUUAUUUAGUUGCUUUGAUCGUUUGCGACUUUCAUAACAUUUCUGGAGAGAGCUUGAAUGGAGUAGAGGUGAAAGUCUAUGCCAGAGAAGAAGAAAUUGGCAAAGCUCACUAUGCACUUGGAGCUGCAUUGAAAAUUCUCACCUACUUUGAGGAUUAUUUUGGAAUAAAGUACCCAUUGCCCAAACUAGAUUUAAUUGCCAUUCCCGAUUUUUCAUCUGGAGCAAUGGAAAACUGGGGAUUAAUCACAUUUCGAGAGGCUCGGCUUCUCUAUGACCCGGCAACAUCAUCAACCUCUGACCUCAUGACUAUAUGUCGUAUCAUUGCACAUGAAAUCGCUCACAUGUGGUUUGGAAAUCUUGUUACAAUGGAAUGGUGGGAUGAUCUUUGGCUCAAUGAAGGCUUUGCCAGCUACAUUCAGUACAAAGGCAUGGCUUAUGCCAGUCCUGAGUGGGAACCUGAUGCUUUGUUUACAAAUGUUUUAGCCAGUGUCCUUGAAGCAGAUUCUGUGAUAUCUUCCCACCCAAUUAUUCAACAUGUCAAUAACCCAAGCGAAAUAUCAUCACUCUUUGAUGUGAUAUCGUAUGCAAAGGGUUCAUCAGUCCUUCGCAUGUUAGAAGACUUCAUGUCAAAAGAUGACUUUCGGUAUGGCAUUGCUAAAUAUCUGAAAAAGUACAAGUUUGCAAAUACAAUCACUUUUGAUCUCUGGGAUGAACUUGAGGCAUCAUCAUCUAGUGGCUUGAGCAUAACUAGUAUCAUGGAAAGCUGGACCAAGCAAAUGGGAUUUCCACUUGUUUCUGUGGAAAGAAAUGGAAACAGUUUCAAUAUGAGACAGUCACAAUUUUUGAUAGAUCCAGACACUGCCAUGAACCGCAAGCCAACACCAUUCAAGUACAUCUGGAAGAUUCCCCUCACAUAUCAGACCAGUGAAGGCAGCACAGGACUGCUUUGGCUGACAAAACCCCAGCAAACAUUCAAAAUAGCAGUUUCUGAAAAUUCAUGGGUUAAAUUCAACAACAACAUGACUGGAGUCUUCUUUGUGAAGUAUGACAAAAAGAACUUUCUCUUGCUUGAAGAUGUACUUAAACGGGACAUCAAUGCUUUUACUCCAGCUGACAGGGGAGAACUGCUGGCAGAAGCCUUUUUCCUAGCUAGAGCAGGUCACCUGAGCUACAUGUCUGCUCUGAAUUUGAGCAGAUACAUUGUCCAGGAGGACCAUUAUGUACCAUGGUCAACAUUUUCCACAGCAGUUUCGUUCCUGCAUCAUCGCCUCACUGGCACAGAGACUGGAAAGCAUUUCAAGGCAUUUAUCAGAGGUUUACUCACUGAGGCUUUGAAAGGUGUUAAGUUUAGUGACACAGGAACUCACUUAGAAAGGCUAAGAAGGGCAGCUAUAUUCAAGGUCGCUUGCAGAUGUGGUGAGAAAAGUUGUCUCCAUGUUGCCAGUCAUGCUUUCAGAAUUUGGCUGAAUGGAGAAUCGGUUGAGCCAAACUUCAAGAACAUUGUAUUUCACUAUGGCAUGAGGCAGAUUGGUGAUGAAGGCACGUGGCAGCAAGUAUUUGAAAAAUACCUUCGAGAGCCUAGCCAUGCAGAAAAAAUUAAAAUAAUGACUGCUCUUGGACAAGUUCAAGAUGAAGUCUUACUCUCCAGAUACCUCAACUUUACUUUUGAUGAAACGAAGAUAAGAGGUCAAGAUAUUGGUACAGUUUUUGGGACUGUUAUAAGCAACCCGAAGGGUCACAAUCUUGCUUGGAACUUUUUAAGAGAAAACUGGAAAUCCAUAACCAACAAGUUUGGAAAGCAUUCUCGUACACCAGGAAAAUUGCUUCGAGCUGUCUGCAGUGAUUUCAACACUCCUGAGAAGAUGCAGGAGAUCAAGGAGUUUCUCAAGGAGCAUCCUGAAACAGAUGCAACAAAGCAGUCUCGUAGAGAAUGCCUCCAAGAUGUGGAAAACAACAUCAAGUGGAUAUCAAAAUUUGAGCCAAAAGUUGCAGAGUCUUUACGUGGAUUGCUCAGUUGACCAAUGUAGCUCUGUGAGCAGUUGAUUACUUUGUCCUAAGCCAGCAUCUAUUCUUAGAAGGAAGUUCAAGAGAGAUAUUCCAUUUAAACCUUACUCUGUUCAGUGAAACAGAACAAACAGCAUGUGUACCACAUACUGUGAUGGACAAAAGUUUUUUUUUUUUGUGCAAUUUUUAGAUAUGACAGAUUAUGAAAUGGUGAAACUUGCAGGAGCUUAGGUGCGAGUCAAAGAACAACUGUUUUUUACCAAAGUGAUUUUACAGGAGUCAUGUAAAUAGUUAUUUGUACAUACAGUAUUUUAUUGAGAACAAGUAUCUUAUGUAUCACUUUCUACAGAGUAUUUCAUGCGUAUUUGCAUAUAAUACAACAUUUGCAUUUCAAGUUGCCACUAUUGCACAUAUUGUAAGCAAAAUAAGCUGCCAUGACUGUGUGACUGCCAGAUAUAUACAAUUAAAUUGUAAACUAAUUGCAUUUCAUACUUCAUCAGCAUUACAUUCUUUUUCACUUUAAUAAUCUACAUGCUUAAGUUAUAAGUGGAACCCCUGUUAUACAGCUUUCACCAAACUGCAUGAAAAUGUUGCAUAGCCCAGACAUCAUAUAAUCUGACCACCAAAAAUCGUGUGUAACACACGGUUUUGCACUACGAAAUUGCAAGGACUUUUAAUUUAAUCUACAAGCCAUCACUGUGAGGGGCUCAGAAACCAAAACCGUCCAUAAAGUAAAUAUGAAAAGAAUUCUGCUGGCAGGGGCGUAGCCAGGGGGGGGUUGGGGAGGUUGAAACCCCCCCCCCCCUUGAAAUUUUUCGAUUUUGCAUGUGCAUAUAUACACGCACACAUACAAAUGCAUGCACAAACGUACAAAAAGAAUAAUUGAACCCCCCCCCCCCCCCCCAAAAAAAAAAAAAAAAAAAAUUCUGGCUACGAUUCUGACUGCUAGGCACAUGCCAAUCACAGAUUAUAGGGGAGGAGUUGCAUAACUUGCACCCCAAAGGCUUGCUCACCAGCAUCUUAAAGCUUUAUUUCCACAGUGAUACACUUUAAGUACCCCAGUCAGUUUCUUCGAGCCAAGCAGCUAGUGGUUUCUUUCGAGCGCAGCAACAUCCGCAACAGGGGUGUAGCCAGAAAAUUUUUUCCAAGGGGAGAGGGGUAGGGGAAGUUUAACUCCCCUUUAUGUAUGUUUAAGUGGUGCGUUUGUAUGUGUGCGUGCAUAUAUAUAUAUAUAUAUUGCGCACACAUACACACACACAAAAUCAAAACUAAAAAAAUUCGGAGGGGGUUUUAAGCCACCCCCGGCUAUGCUAGUAUUCCACAAGGAGGUCAUGUACAGCAUCACCUGCAAACAAACAAGCCUCCAAACAUUGUUGAUGCUGCAUAGCACAUCUGUGAACCUAGGCAUGGCCGAGGUAGCAGCCAGCAGUCCUGUCUCAUACGAUGACUUGUGUGGAACCGGGAACCAGACGAACCCUUGAAAAGUCUUGCAUGCACAUAGACAGAAAGUUCCAACUGCUUGCAAAUUUCUCUAUGCUGCUUACAAUCAUCAUGUCUUUCAGCAGGUACUAAUCAGUGUGCUCUUUGCACAUUAUUUUGUGCUUUCUGUACUCGCCAAUAUAUUUUGCUUUUGUGCGAACCGGCACUGGUCACAUGAAGCAUAUGGCCGACAGCACUCUUGGCAUUACAUGAAGAUAGUGAGUUUGUGGUCGGUUGAUGCGUCACACGAAAUUAGGUGAAAGCAAAACUGUCUCUGAAAGUGAUCAUGCAGAAAUACUUAUCCUAAUCCCUGCUUUGCGUUGCCAUCACAUCAUAUGUCGCAGUUGCUCAUCACGUCACAGGAUGUUGUACAUGGAAACAGUUCAGUUCCUUGGCAUUUUGAGCACUGCCCACCUUGAUCACAAUUAAUAAAACAUUGCAGACAAUAGAUGGUUUAACUGACCUAAGCACACACGGACGAAGACCAGUGGUGAAUGCAGUUAAACCAUGCAUUUCAACCAACUAGCCCAGUUGUCGAUUCUUUUGCACACAAUGGGCAACAUUGCAGACAAUGGGGGCACCAUCAUGUGGUUUUUUCAGCUUUCUGCCACCUAGCUUGCCACCCACGGUUUUCUCUUUUCAAGCGAAGCUUGUAUUGGCUCACUUGUGCCGGGGGUCGAUGUCUGCCGAAAAAAACCAAGGCUGCGCCAGUAACUCAUUCAGAAUACUUUUGAUGCGCGGCUGGCGAAACAUGUGGUGUGUACACCUGUAACACAUGACAUACACACCCAAUUAGAGCCGGGCUCUCGCUAUGAAAAGAGAAGGGGAAAGAAAGGGGCCUGCACAUGUUGUGCUGGUUCUCUUUCUCGUCAGUUCAUGCUUGGCAAACGGAUGGGAAGGCUGCGCGUGGUCCAUUUGGUGGCAGAACAGGCCACUUUUAAUGAGCAACACUGACAACGCGAUUAGUAGUGGGAUUGCGCAUGGCGUGCGGACCAGGCGCUGAGGGCUGCCAAAAUUAAGGAUCGUCGACAGUAUAGAGCCGCGGAUCCAGAGCUAAAAGGAGUGUGACACCCUAGCAAAAUGACAGAGAUUGGCUACAGAUGCCGGGGCCCAGCAAUAUAAACUUCAAGAUAAACGUCAGAGAAGGACAGCGAAACCCUCAGCUGCAGGCACGAGAAGCAGAACCGCACUGGCAAUGUCAACAGGGUCUCCCAGAAGCUGCCAGCACCAGCAGUAAUGCCGACAACUCCAAAUUUCCGAGCUUCACUGGCUUCCAUCUUCACAGUAGUGGAAGGGCUCUGAAUUUUUUACACAAGUUAUCACACUGAAGCUGUAUAUGGCGAAAUCAAAAUUGGUCCAUGCUAUUUGCUCAAAAACUCCUAGUGUGUCUGUGCUACAGAAAUUGGCCAAAUCCCACUACUCACCACUGGUUCACUAAAAAUGAAGAAGGGAACACAUGGACGGCAAACACCGUUUAAGAUUUCUGGACAGACAUAACCAAUAACUGAGGGACUUUAAUGAACCAUCAGAAUCAACCCAGUGAUAAACACCAGUGCCGCACAUUUAAGCUUCGCUCGUUAACCAUCUGUAUGGAGUGCUCGGGCGGUGAUUUAUUAUUAUUAUUAUUAUUAUUAUUAUUAUUAUUAUUAUUAUUAUUAUUAUUAUUAUUUAUGACCCUCACGAUGAGAGCCAAUGCUGUUGAGAGAAAACAAAGAAGUGCGUGUGGACAAUCAACACAAAAGACAUGGAGAUAGAGAGAAGAAAACACUAGGAGGGGAAGGCAAACGAUGAGAGGGCAGCAACAUGGUGCAGAAAAACACUGGAAAAUGGUGGAGAUGGUGAUUGUGAGGGAGCUGCUGGACGACAGUGGCACAUCUUGUCUCGCACAAUCAAGUUAUAUGGCCAUUACAUGGACAUUGUGGGGGGAAAAAAAAACUGCUUACAUGUUUGCUCACGAUCUUCUCUGCCAAGCUUUCCCCCACCGCAUGCCUUGUGACCCAAUACAGGCAGGAAGCCAUAAUGCAAUCUGAAAUUCUAGAAGCGCUCAGGGCAGAUUGAAAUAUCUUUCCUUUACCACAUGCAAACCUUAUUAGACUCUAUGAGCGCAUGCUCCAAAGGCUACAAAGAAACACAUUCCUAUCCCUCGUAAAAUUGCACUUAUAGUAAGUAACCCUUUUGAAUUACAAACCACAAUGUCCUCACUACAUAAAGCUUGCAAACUGAUAUCAUGAAACGUGAGCUUGCCAGUUCACUCCCAUGGUAGACCUCAUUCCCAAUCCCACUUUCGAGCAACGGGAGGCCACCCUUCACAGCAAUGGCCCUGACCAUCGUGGGUAAGGCCCUAGCAGUGGAGGAAAACAUUAGGCAGCCAGACCAGGCUGCUCUCUCAUGUAACUUGUAAGAUGUUUCACACAGGAUGAAAUGUUUUGCCUCAAUCACACGGCCGUUAUUGGGCUUACAGUUUUGCACAGGUCAUCGUAUGAGACGAGGUGCGGAAUCCCAUGUUGCAUAAAGGUUUUUAGUGCAUUGUCUCUAUGGGAAGUUUGCCGGGACUGCUCUAAUGUAAUGAAAAAACUUUAGGCGUUGCAAAAUCUGGAGGUGCAUAACUGGGGUUCCACUACUUAUAGUGCAUUCUUUACACCAAGAUUUUCACGCAAGAAAUUCUCUGAAAUCACAGGCAUGGUGUGACAUUUGUGAAAUUCAAGCCAUUUAUGAAAGACAAUUUUGUGUUUCUGAAGAUAUGCUUUUUUGAGAGAAAUGAGAUUUGCAUCCUAACAUUGAGCCAUUUGACUGUAGUAUGAGAUAUGUGUAUCUGACAAGACAUUUAAAUUAUUUGUUUAAAUUAGGUGUUGUCAGUAGCACAGCGAAAAUUUCAGUGUGAUAAGGUUACUAUAUAUAGAGGAUCGCAUUAUAGCUAAUGUUAUUCAUGAUGCAGUGUUUUGCAGGAUAGUUCUGUUAUUUUCUAUAUCAUAAAUAAUAAGGCAUGGACACGCUAGUGUAAUGUUCUGAAUUUUGCGGGGAAAACAUUGUUGUCUUUUCUUUACUGAUAAUAAUUUAAGUUUCUGUGAAAGAGUUAAUCAAUAUAUGCACCAUGAAAUGAAAGUAGAAGAUAAAGGAUAUCAACUAAAUCACACCAUGUGUAAACAUGCUUCGAUGUAAUUUUGUUUUAGUUCAGAGACAUAUGUCCCUUUAUUACGUAGGUCUCUUAUUAAAGCCAUUAGCCAAACGACAUGUAAGUUGCUUCCACAGUCAUAAUCAGCACACUCAAUAGCGGUAACAUACUUCAAACCUUGUACUUCGUUUGAGUCAGUCAUUCAAUGUGCUGGAGUUGGGUUAUGAAUUGAACCCAAGCUAUAGUACAGUCCAUGUGUCUAUCGUCACGUGCCCUUCAUCACAUAUCAAUUGCUUCUAUAUGCUAUGCUAUGGUCUCACCAUUAACUGCAUGGGAUGACACUGAUGUUCCUUGUCUGUGAUGUUCUUUCGUUUUAGAUGUGCAACCUUCACCAUACAUAGAGCAAUCCCUAAGUACUCUUUCUCUUGCCAGUUUUUAGGCUUGAAGGAAGUGCCAAUUUGGGCACAGCUGUCUUACACCAAUUUGAUCUAUGGAAACUGUCUGCAUUUGAGUUAUUGUGGUGGCAGACAUUUAUUUCAGUUUUAUCUUUUUCCCACGGGUGCCAUUAUUUAACAGCAAAAGAUGUGCAGUUUAAAUUAUCAGUAGUUCCUUGUCUGAAAAUUUGUGAUUUGUGUAUUGACACCCCUCCAUUAAUACAUGCUAAUGUGUUGUGUUAACCCUGAGUCUAGUCCAAAGAGACACCACAUCAAACCUUGGUACACCAUAUAUAUAUAUAUAUAUAUAUGGUACUAUAGCGCUUGCUGUUUAAAACUUGAAUGAUCUAGAAGUGUGGCUGGGUAAUUAGCCGAAGCCUGCAGAAUGGUUGUCAUUGUUUGUGGCUCUGGUCAAAGAGCGUAGCUGUCAAGUGUCUUUUGCCAACUGCCCUUGCUCCUCCCGUACUCCAAGUACUUCUAAUGCCCUUGAAUGUGCUUGCAUAUGUCAUUGAGCUCAGACUGUCCUGUAAUUUGUUGUAGAAAAUCAAUUUCACACCUUCAGCAUGGGCCAUAGGAUAGCCACUUUUGCUUAUUUUAUCACUCUACUCUUGGCAAGAUCGUAUAUUUAAUUUCCUCUAUACUUUUGCUGUAUCAGACAAACAGGUAUUUUAAAACUAUGUAUGUAUAACCAACAAAACGUUAGAACGAGAGUAUUGGAUGUAUGAAGAGUAUGAGUUUCUGAGAAAGGCAAUGUUGAUAGUAAGGGAAAUAAUAGGAAUCGUGUAAAACAACUUAUUUUUACUUUGUCUUUAGGGAUGCUGUGUGUUCUGUUUAGAUGCUUUUUAGUGUCUAGCAUGCAUUUAUUUCAGCCUUGAUGUAAUGAAUGUUGACAUUGUGCAGUUUCAUAGUAUAGAUGCAGGAAGUGCUGGCAUUUAUGGAAUUUAUGCUCUGGCAGGUGCUGCCACCAUCUUUCAGUCACAGAAUAGGACAGAGUGUAGCACACUCCAGCAAAUACAUGUAGUGCAACCAUAGCAAUUUGAAACACUAGCAUCUAAGAAUCUUUUUUUUUAAAUCCAGUUAAAUUGGGCAAACUGCAGUUUCUUUCAUGUUGAUUUGGAAUGUGAUAAUACUGUACACAACUUUUGUUGUCAGUGCAUGAACACAACUUACUAAUUAUAAAUGCAACGUUAUACAUUACGGUACUUAAUACCAUAUUAUCAAGGCAACAUGGUCUAUUCUUUCAUAUCUCCACACAAGUUUCUGGGUUAUGAAAGUUACACCCCAAGUAAAAAUGAUGCUUUGGACAUCUUGGAAACUUAUUUUGUCACUUGGGUUGAUUUAAUGUGUGUACCUAAAGCCCCUUGAAAUAUCUUAGCAUCUAUGAAGUAAAACAAGAUAUCAAGGUAUUCUGCAGGCAAUGAUUUGCUGCUGCUUUCAUAAAACUUACCUCAUAUCAGGUGAACAGCAAACGAACAGCAAACUCAUAUCAGGUGAACAACAAAGGUCACGUACUUGUGUCAUUGUCACCUUCAAUUAAUUCAAUAGUAAAAUAGAGGCACAUGAAUUGAACUCUUAUGUACAUGACCUCUACAGCUCACAAUUUUGCUUUUGUUUUUUCAUCAAGAGACAUCCUAUGUGCUUUGUGUUUAAAAGUGCUGAAGUGCUGUUUAUUACCACUGAAUUUGUUUUGCUUUUCUGGGGAAAGAGGCAGUUACGGAAAAAACUGUUUAGUAUGGGUCCCUUGCAUCACAUUUAUGACAGCUUCUCUGAAUAGAAAAUGCUUAACCAUGGUGAUAAGGUUCAUACAGGUGCUGUUUGGUGUCGCAUUAUGCAUAGUCAUUUCCUGCACACCUGUUGUGGUGAUAGAAGACCCGUCGUGAUGCUACAGUGAAUGAUCUUUUUUUUUCUCUAAAGAACGCUAAUUUGGAUGUACUGCAUCACCUCCUCCUGCAAGACCUGGAUCCUCUUUAAAAUUGGUCAUGCAGCAAAUAGUUUACCAUUUACUGACAUUUAGCAUAUGUGUGGAUGUUCAAAUCAUACAUCAUGGAGUCUAAUAUUUAUCUUUAUUUGUACCCAGUGAAGACUGCCUACAUACAGGCUGCCAUGUCUGUGACAGCUUUAUGUGCCAAAACAAGAACGGUGGCGGCUGUGAAUAGAGUGGUUUAAAAUAAUUUUUCGAAUCUCUUGUACUAACGACUGAUGCAGUUGCCAAGAAAUGCCGUGCCUGUCUGGAAGUGUCACCUUAGAGAGUCUGUGCGCCAUUUAUUGCACAAUGACAAGUCACAUUGAUUACUUUUCUUUUCUCAUACUACAAAAUUAAUGAGCAUUGUAAGGUUCUUUCUACUGCAUUAUUUUGUAUGUACUUUUUAAAUCCUCCAACGUACCUCAGUGUAUGAUAUGUGUGCAACUGCACAAAAAUUAAAGUUGGUGUAGUUUUAUAAGAAACUAAAAUGUGCUACAUGUCCUCAUUUGUGAUCAGCCUCUGCUUUCAAGUUUCUCGUUUUGUUAGGAAUCAUACUUUCCCCCCUCAGUGCCCCUGCUAGAAUAAAGAAAAUUGGUGAGAUAUACAGUAGACUCUCAUUAAACGGAACAUGAAGGGACCCGGAAAAUAUGUUCCGUUUAACAAGAGUUUCGUUUACUGAGAGAUGAACUGGGUUAAAACAUUCAGGUAUGAAACCAAUCAUGCUAAAGGCAGUUGUUCCAUUUAAGCAGCAAUUCCGUUUAAGAGAUUUCCGUUUACUGAGAGUCCACUGUACUUGAAUGUUUGAUGUCAAGUGGCAAGCAUUUAGUCAUGUUUUGGUGUCUUCAGUAUUCAAAAUUAAAACAACAUUUCAUUUAAACUUGUGUGUUUUCUAUAAAAUGUUCUCAUUUUACAUGUUAUACCAUCUUUCCUUAGGCACGUGCUACUUGGUUGGCAAAUUUUUCCUUUCAUAAAUAAAGCAUUUGGGUUACCUGA